GGAAAAUAUGACGUGGAAUCCAUCGCCGUGGAUAAAAGGUUGAAGGCUCUAGGCCUUGCUGAAGGAAGACAUGCUGCAGCUGUUCAUGAGCAAAAGGGAAAUGCUGCAAGAAGAGCAGGAGUUGAUUCUGAGUGUUGACCAGAAAGACAUUAAAGAAGAACAAGAGACAAUCUGGCCAAGUCCAGAGGGACAGCAGCUUCACUGGCUGGAGGAUGCAGAUAUCACUGAGUUGCCUUUCACUGCGGUUCCUGUGAAGAUUGAAAAUGAAGACCAUACGCAAACCUUACUUGCUCAUCAAACGGAAAUGGAGGAGAACACAGGAUCUGAGCCUCUGGCCAGCAGCUCAACUGCACACAGAACACUGACAGCAGACGCUGAUGAAGAGGACUAUAGAGGACCGCAAGCUGCCAGCUUUUGGGGCCCAUAUCGUUAUUUACAGCCAGAUACUAAUGGUGGAAUUUUAGAUAGUUCUGAAGCUGAAACUGACGAUAGUUAUGAAUGGGAACCAGGCACAGAACAUUGGUCAGGUUUAAACUGUGAGGAAAAGAUUGAAAGCAUGACUAACACAGCAAGGAAACAGUUUCAUUGCUCUAAAUGUGGAGAAGCAUUUCAUCACGUGAACUAUGCAGAGCAACAAAAUAGAAUUCAAGAAAGUGAAAAAUUCUUUAGCUGUCCAGAGUGUGAUAAAAGGUGGAGACAAAAAGGCAGUCUGACCACACAAGCAGGAAGUCAUACGGGAGAGAAAAUGUUUGUCUGCUCUGAAUGUGGUAAAACAUUUGGGCUAAAGGGCAAUCUGAAUACACACAUGAGAAUUCAUACUGGAGAGAAACCAUUUGCCUGUUCCGAGUGUGACAAAAGUUUUGGAAAAAAGAGUGUCCUGAACAUACACAUGAGAACUCAUACGGGCAACAAACCAUUUUGUUGUUGUGUGUGUGGUGAAAGAUUUGGACAGAAAUGUAGCUUGAAUACACACAUGAGAAUUCAUACAGGAGAAAAGCCAUUUGGCUGUCCUGAGUGUGGUAAAAAAUUUGGACAAAAGUGCCACCUGAACACUCACAUUGUAAUUCAUACAGGCAAGAAGCCAUUUGGAUGUUCUUUGUGUGGUAAAAGAUUUGCAGAGAAAAGUGAUUUAAAUAGACACAUGAGAAUUCAUUCUGGAGAGAAACCAUUUAGUUGUUCUGAGUGUGAUAGAAGAUUUGGGGAAAAACGUGAUUUAAAUAGACAUAUGAGAAUUCAUACAGGAGAGAAACCAUUUUGUUGCUCUGUGUGUGGUGACAGAUUUGGGGAAAAACGCAUUCUGACCAUACACAUGAGAAUUCAUACAGGAGAAAAACCAUUUGUUUGUUCAGAGUGUGGUAAAAGAUUUGGAGUCAAGAGCAAUCUCAAUAGACAUGUGCGAGCGCAUACAGGAGAGAAACCAUUUCAUUGUUCUGAGUGUGGUAAAAGAUUUGGAGAAAAAAGUGAUCUGAACAGACACAUGAAAAUUCAUACAGGAGAGAAGGAGGGGUGGUUUGGAAGUCCUACUGGACACUAACCUAUGGUAUGAGGACGUUUAAGGGUGAUUCUUUAACUACGGGCACUGUUGGCCUUGUAAAUGUAAUUUCCACCACACCAUUGCCUUACAAUAUAAAGCGCCUUGGGGCAACUGUUUGUGAUUUGGCGCUAUAUACAUGUG